CAGGCCGAGUUAUAACAAAGACUAAAAAUGGGAACUAGUGCCUCCCUGCUUGAUACUUAGCAUCAAGGGGUUGGAUUGGGGGGUUACACCACCAAAUGGUUCACAAGUGCGGCGGUGUCUGCAGCUCACCGCUCCCCCAGUGGAUGGGUCAAAAGCGGAGAACAAAUUUCACACACCAAGCUGCAUGACAACUGAUGGGACUUUAAAGUAGAUGCUAUAUUUUGGAGCCAAAGUGGUUUGUUGCAUAUUUGGGUUAAAUAGUACAUGUGGAUCAUUAACAAAGAAGAGUAACCAGGAAAUCAGUUUUUACUGCAAAAGUUCCUAUGUUUAUUAGGGGAAAUAAUCAAAUAUCCCAUUUGAGCUCAUUUAUCAGUGAUCCGAAAAGAAACUUCUGGAGCUUUUUUUAAUUUGAUAGCUUUCAGCGGAAUUCAAUUAAAAGAUUGCUGCAAAUGACAAUCUUAAAUUGACUCGCAGGAAAAUUCCUUUCAAGUUCCUAAUAGAGGACUCAAAUACUGAAGUAUCUGUUCCUUAAAAUUCCUUUUAUUUCAUUGUUAUAUAACUCAUGAAAUCUGGCAAUGACGUGCAUGUACACCGCCUGAUUUCAAGCAUGUUCAUGUCAAAGGUGGAAUUUAAACUUUCACUGUCUCACAGUUAAAGACUGAUGCACAUCAACAUGCCAGGAUUUGUGACUUACCUGCUGAUAGUCUGUUCUAGCUCCAGAUAACAUCCAGGUGUUGCUUGACAGGAGCUGAGGAGACAGCCGUGCUCAUUCCUGUCAUUCAUUUGUCCACUCAUCCGUGCUCAUCUGCUGUCUCUGGCCUGGAGAGAGAAAUAUAAAAUGAACACAACACAAAUCACAUUUAUGCUCUUACUGAUGUGAGCCUGAAACAAAGCUCCUUGAGGGAAAAAAGCCACUCAGCCGUCUGUCAUAAAAAUCGACUUAUUUUUCAUUUGUGUUUCUUCAUUUCACAAUACCAAGCAUCUAAAAUGGAUUACUGCCAGCUCUCACCUGUCCCAUCUCAUCAUGCGUGUGGAAACCACCCUGUUCACAGGAGGGCGGAUUCACCUUCCUCACUGCACCUGUCUUCUUGCAUCAGCACAUCUCAGACAGAGUGAACCCUCAGACCUGCUGCUGCACCUGGUUUGGUUUUCCUGCUCUCACUCCAUCUGAGAGUUGAAGCCUCUGGUAUGUCUGUAUUGUGGUUCAUGAAACCCAAACCUCUGGGGAAGGUGAGGCGACGGGUUCAGGAUCUCCGCAUCUCCUCCGCCUCAUUGUGCGCCCUCUUACCGGACAGACCCGUGCUGGACCUGAGUCACAAUGAGAGCGCCAGACUUGCGGUGGACUGUCUGCUCAGUCAGGGCUUGACGGGAUACCAUGAAGCCUUGAAGACGGAAGGAGAAGUGGAUAUUUUAUCAGAGCCAGAGAAGAAAUACAUCCUGGAAAAUAGGAGAGAUGGCAAUACGGAUACAAGCGCACCAGAAGAUGAGAGCAGAGAAGAAUGGCGGCUUUCUUCACCAUCUUCCAUGACGCCAACAGACAGUAGCUCCACUGUAGAAGAGCUGGACAGUCCAGAAGAAAUGAAAGCCACAAAUCCUGCUUCCUACAAAAGUACUGAGAUUUUCCUGAGCAGAGCAGCCGGCAUGAAAGAUCUGGUCCGACAGUUCAUCAGCAAAGCUGAACAGACCCUGGUGGUGGUGACUGACAGCUUCAGUGACACAGAGCUGCUAUGUGACCUUCUGGAGGUGAGCAGGAAGAGAAAUGUGUCUGUGUAUCUGCUGUUGGAUCAUCUCAACCUGGAGCUGUUUACUAGCACCUGGAAAGGCCAUCAACUCAACAGCAAAGACUUCCCUAAGCUGUCGGUGAGAAGUGUUCAAGGACAGACUUACUGUUCCAAGACAGGAAGGAAGCUGACAGGUCAGAUUGCUGAGAGUUUUAUCAUCACUGACUGGACUGAGGUGCUCACAGGUUCAUACAGUUUCACAUGGCUGUCCUGGCAGGUCCACCGGAGUCUUGCUGUCCUCCUGAAGGGGAGCUCCAUCAGACCUUUCCAUCAGGAGGUUCACAGACUUUACUCCAGCUCUGAACCGGUCGCCGGGUUUGUCAACUUCCUCCCAGCCCCACUACCUCCUCAUCCUCACUCAUCAACUGCAGAUCACAAUACUGACAUCUGUAAACAAAGAUCAAACCAAACCAAGACGGUGCAUCACUGGGAGGGGAAUGGAGCCAGGAGACAAGCUUGGACCAAUUCAACAACUACCCAUUUGACUGGAGAAGGUCAUGGUGAUAAUCAGCCUCCUGUGCUGCAAACCUGUUUGGCUGAACAGGAACUGGAGGGUAGAGAACAGAAUCCAUCAUUGGAAAAGCCACAGAACAUGGCGACUCCUGAUCAGAUUUCCUCAGACUUUGUUCCUCAAUUCAUCAACUCUUCCUUCAGUCCUGCAGCUGAGAAGAGUAAGUGGAUCAAAGAGUCGAAUGCUCUUCACUCUGCUUCCAAGACAUAUAUGUAUGAGAGGCUCCAGAAGAAAAAUUCCAACCUCAGUCCCUAUGGCUUUCAUGCGUUCAAACAUUCAGGGUUAGCUGAAGCCUUAAACACACAACAAGGCCACUGGAAUCAGUCAAACUUUCAACUAAAGGUAGAAGUUCCACCUGAUAACUCCAACUUCUACCCUGCUUUACAAGCAAAGCCCAUCCUUCAGUCUGCAUUUAGCAGCUCCAGAGGGCAAGCAUCACAGCCUAACACAGACUUCUCAUACCAACAACCUGCACGAAUGGUAACUCAUCUCAGGAUUCAGCCACAUGCGGAGCCCAAGCUGUAUCCGCCCCUGCAGACUUACAUGUACCAGGGAGUAAAUCUUCUGCCGAGAUCCAACUGGACUCAGCAGAACUAUCAAUCUGCAGGGCCCAGAGCUGUGGUGAGACAACACUCUUUCAGCGGCGCUCACAUGACAGGACAGCAGGGGUGGAGGUCACUCCAGAGAACAGUGAACGCAUCGCUGGAGAGGAGUAAGAGCAUGAAUGAGAGAGGGGCGACAGGCCUCUGAGACGGUCUUCAUCCAAGACUAACUUUCAUCUCUAUGUAGAAAUGCUGUUUACAGCAUCUAACAUCACAUAGAAAAAAAUAUGCAGUUUGACAAAGUAGAUUUAAAAUAACAGUUUCAAACAUGUAGUAUUAAGAACAGAGUUUUAUUACUUUGUGUAUUAAAAUAAAUAAAACUGA